UUGGCUGAGGUGGAGCUCUCUUCUUGAUUUCAUCGCUGUCCUCGUCGAUGGAAAUGGCUCUUGGCUUCUUUUCUUUGCCCUUGCCUUCUUGUUCUUCUUUGAGCCUGGCUUCUUCUUCAGCUCUCUUUUUGUUGAGUUCUCUCUGGAUUUCUUUUGGGUCCUUUUCUGGCAUUCUGCAUACUGUUUUGAGCUGGUACUCGAUCUGGCCAAAGCAUCUCAGCAGUUUCCCUACAGUUCCGUUCGGCAGUUUAUGGAGCUCGAUUUGACGGUUGGUUAAUAUCUUCUCAAGCGACAUGAUAUCCACACACUGCUUGAACGACUUCUCACCAUACUGAUCAACAAAAAUUGAAUCGAUGACAUCUGACUCUUUCUUCAUUUCGAUCCUAAUUUGGGAUCUGACAUCACUGUUCAGAGCCACGAAGUCCUGGAAAGCUUUGAGGAAUGGGUCAAGAUCGAAGUGAGUGGGCUUGACUUUCUCUUCUUUGUCGUCUGCUUUCUUGAGAUUUUUGAAUUUCUUUUUCAAGUUUUUGUUUUUGUUCUGCUUCUUUUUCUGCAUUCCUCUGAGCAAAUUGGUUCCGGCUUUCUGAUCUUUCUCUUUGCCCCAGUCUGGGAAAUGGCCAUUGCCUUCCAUAUAUCUGGGAGGCAGCCCAAAUAUUUCUAGACAACUCAAAGCAAACUCGUUUUUGGUCUGGAUGUUUGUGCACAGUUCGGAGUCAUCAGUGGGAUUGUUGAAAAAGUAUUCAGAUGGCUGAGGAACUUCAAAUUCUGCAAACCAUUCAUCGAAGAGGUCUUCUACAUCUGCUCUGGUUAGCUUCUUGAUUUCUUCUUCGUUUCCCUUCAUCUUCUCAAUGGUUUCUUUGAUUUCUUCUGCCUUGGUUAUGAGGAACUCUUGGAACGAAAUUCUUUGUGCUAUGAUGUUGCAUUUCAUGGUUUCUUCUUUGAGCAUCCUGAGUUCCUGUUCUCUUCUCUUUUCUUGUUGUUGUUGCUGUUCGGACCGGAGAUGUUCCCUUCUCUUGUUGACAGCAUCCAUGAACUCAGGCUUGAACAAGUUGUCAUGCUGCUCGAGGUCGAAGCAUUCAUGUAAGAACUUAACGUCAAGAUCAGAAGUGAGUCCUAGAAGCCCGAUAGCUUUGUCUUUGACUUGAGCAACCAAAGCCUUGUUCUCGUGGUCCUGGGCAGCAAUCAGUUCGGCCAAGAAGUAGUCUCCAUAAAUCUCAGUCACUGUUUCUGACUGAGAGUUGAACACUGCAGCCAAAUCAUCGUGAUCUUCUUGUUUGGCAACUCUGACUUCGACGAAGGGGAGCACCAGGAGUCUAGACGAAAAGAACACUCGUGAGUUGUAAUGGACACCUCUGACUUGCUUGAGGACUUCUCGGUUUCUGCAGUUGAUCUCUUCGAAGUACUCUCCAAGCGGUUCGAAGCACUUCUUUAUAUCGUCUUCUUCAGCGUCUCCUUUCAUUAGAAAGAGGAUUCCGAGAAUAUCUGGGAGAGACGUAUACACAGUUUGAAGAACUUUCUUAAAAAUCUUUCCUUGAUCUUCAUCAGAGAUGGACUUAUCAGUGACGAAGUAAGUCAUCCAGAGGGUGUUGGCGCUGUUGAAUUCAUUUACCUGGAAAGCAUUGACAAACCAGCUUUCCCAGAGGUUGUAAUGCAAGUCAUCGGAUGUACCCUUUCUUCCCUAAAUCUUCGAAAGUAGCAAAUGCAAUAAUGUUUCCUUCUUGAUUCAGAACCGUGAUGGACAGGUAGGAAGUUUCGAUCAGCUUCAAGUGCUUCGGAUAUGAGUAAAAUCUGUUAUAAAUGUCAUCGAACUCGACGAGGUUAAUAAUCUGCUCAAAAUCAUCUGGAUCUGAUCUCCUCAGGAUGAUAUCAUCGUAAUCGGGGUCUUGCUGGUUAUAUAUUUCAACCCUUUCACCUGUAGCUUCAGACAUUG